UUCAACAAAAUUUUAAUCGUAAAAUGGGAGAUGAAUAUGGCUUUGAUAAAGAGAGAUUCGUCAAUUAUACUCAAGACACCUUUGAUUGUCCAAUAUGUUCAUGUGUUGCUAGGUUACCAAAAGAUUGUAGUGCAUGUGGAUCAGUUUUUUGUGGACCUUGCGUAGAUUCAUGGCUUAAAAAAUAAUAGUAAUUCAUUCAUCUAAUCUUUAAGAGAAUGCAUCAAUAGAUGUCCUAAGACCUCAGUAAUACAAGGAAUUUAAAAGUCAUUAAAGAGAAUAUAUGAUGAUCUUGAGAUUCGAUGUAUAUUUUUAAACUAAUUAAAUAGGCUAGUAUUGUUAAAAGCCCUUUAAGAUAGCUGAGAUUGAAAAGCAUGAGAACAACUGUUAAAUACCAAAAUGCUCUAAUUAUGACAUCUGUGGAAACAAUUUAGGAACAAACGAAUUUGAGAAACAAAAGGUAUAGCAAAUUAUUGAUUAAUUUUAGGUUUGCGAUCAAGCUUGUCUACUCUUGAGUAGAAUCAAAUAAACAAAAAAUAAAUAGGACCUCUAUUCAUGUUUAAAAUAGUAUGUUAAAGAGAGAAAACCAAUUAUUCAAAUUUAACCAUAUGGUUUUAACAUUCCAGUUGUUUAAAAUCAAGAUUACCCGGUAUUUAAAUGGGACAGAUAAAGAAUGGGAGCUGGCAUAACAUCUUCUGAUGGAGAUACAAAAAUAUUCUUAAAGGAAUAAGCCUAUAUGUUUAGAACUGCUAUUGCUACUCAUGGGUUUGAAAAAGGCAUUGGAUAUUGGGAAAUUGAAGCAGAUGAAAAAACAGAAAAUGAAUUAAAGAUUGGAGUGUCGACUUAAAGAGACUUCAAUUACAAUACUGCAUUUUGUGACUUUGAGUUUGGUUGGGCUUAUUAUGGAUUAGCAUAGGUAUCAAAUCUCAUUAAUAUUUGAAUAGUUGCGUCAUAAUAGUAAUGCCACUGGACCAUCUUUUGGCAAGAGAUUUAAGAAGGAUGGAAUCUUAGGUGUUUGUUUGAAUAUGAACACAGGAACUUUAAAAUUUAGUUUAAAUGGAGAACUUAUGGGUACUGCCUACACUGAUGAAAAAUUGAAACAAGGGCCCAUCUACCCUGCUGUUUCAUUACUUCAUUGUGCAGGCUGUAAAUUAAUAACUGGUAAACCUCUUCCAUCCAUAUUCUAGAUUUGA